CGCCGGAUAGUCAACAUGGCCCGCGUGCAGAGCCGUGGCUGUAGCUCUUUGCGGGCCAAUCGAGGUGGGCUUUACUGUGCGGGUUGCCUGAGCGUCGCCCAAUGGGAAGCGGCCUUCUUGACGGCGGCGCAGCCCGAGAGAGAGAGUCUGCCUGAGAGGAGCUUGAGCGCCGCUGGUGGGGCCGUGAGGAGACGCGACGCCCGGGUGGAUACAAGCAUACAGAUGGCAGAUAACAGUAAAGCAGAAGAUGCUACCUCAGAUUCUGUGGAAGCUGCUAAACAUGCAAGUGAUAAAAAAGAAAAGCUAGCAGAUCAAGUCAUGCAAAAUCCACAAGUCUUGGCAGCACUGCAGGAGCGACUUGACAAUUCCUCUCACACUCCUUCAAGCUAUAUUGAAACGUUACCAAAAGCAGUAAAAAGAAGAAUUGAUGCCUUGAAACAACUCCAGGUGAAGUGUGCCCAUAUAGAAGCUAAAUUUUAUGAAGAAGUUCAUGAUUUAGAGAGAAAAUAUGCAGCCCUCUAUCAACCCCUCUUCGAUAAGAGAAGGGACUUUGUCAUUGGUGAGGCUGAACCUACAGAUGCAGAGUCAGAGUGGCACAGUGAAAAUGAGGAGGAAGAAAAACUAGCUGGAGACCUCAAAAACAAAGUAGUAAUAGAAGAGAAAGAAGCAGCAGCCGCAGCAGAAGAGUCAAAUCCCAAAGGAAUUCCAGACUUCUGGUUUACAAUCUUUAGAAAUGUAGAUAUGCUAAGUGAAUUAGUACAGGAAUAUGAUGAACCAAUCUUAAAACACCUGCAGGAUAUUAAAGUGAAAUUUUCUGAACCUGGACAGCCUAUGUCUUUCUCAUUAGAGUUCUACUUCGAGCCCAAUGACUACUUUACUAAUUCAGUCCUGACAAAAACCUACAAGAUGAAGUCAGAGCCAGACAAGACUGAUCCCUUUUCAUUUGAAGGCCCUGAAAUAGUUGAUUGUGAGGGGUGUACUAUUGAAUGGAAGAAAGGAAAAAAUGUUACAGUUAAAACAAUCAAGAAGAAGCAGAAACACAAGGGUCGAGGCACAGUUCGAACAAUUACCAAACAAGUACCCAAUGACUCUUUUUUUAACUUCUUCAGCCCCAUAAAAGUGUCUGGGGAUGGAGAGUCAUUGGAUGAAGAUUCAGAGUUUACUUUAGCUACAGACUUUGAAAUUGGGCACUUCUUCCGUGAAAGGAUAGUCCCUCGUGCUGUACUUUAUUUCACUGGGGAAGCAAUAGAGGAUGAUGAUAACUUUGAAGAAGGAGAGGAAGGAGAAGAGGAGGAAUUGGAAGGUGAAGAGGAGGGAGAGGAAGAGGAGGAUACAGAGAGUGAUCCUAAGGUGUAAUUUAAGUCUGUUUAUCAUUCAUACAUUUCUAGAAAGAUUCCAGCCAACCUGCUGAGUGCAAACAACAAUAAUAAGGAAAUACCACUUCAGAGUGAUAUUUGAACGACUUGUAACAAAUAUAUUUGGAUACCUGGCCUGCAGUUCAGGAUAUUCCAUUGCUGCAGCACAAUCUUAUUAACAAUGCUUAAAAUUAAUUUGUUUUCAGGUGCAUGAUUUUCACUAACUCUUUUGUUUUCUUAUUUUUUGCUUAACUUGUACAGUGGUAUCUUCACUGCAUUUGGGAAGUAUGAGGUUUAAAUAAAGCACACUCUACAGCCUUUGGUACACUGUAGCUAAAUUAUCUGUAGGCUUUCUGAUGAGCCUUUUGCCCUAUUCAUAGGGAACUAGACCAAACUUAGUCUUUACAUUGUAGUUUGGACUAUCCAUUUUCUGGGUAAACAUUGAAAUUGUGGAAUAGCAUAUGUGCUGAGAAGCUAAACUAAACGAAUUAAAUUUAUGAUAGCUAAAACAAAUACAACAACAUGACUUGACUUUUGCUAGUAGUUCUCCUUCUUUUUUAAUAUAAAAUUUUCCUGCAACCUACAAAUCAGACUAGUGCUUGAGCAGCUUCAAAUGUCAUAUUUAUUAUCUCAGUAAAGCCAAUUAAAUAAAAGUAAUUCUUCAUUAAAGGGGAUGUCAUUUGAGAUUUAUGUAGUUCACUUUCUAUUUAUUUAUUCAUGUUUGUAAGUACUUUGACUGAAUUAGUGCUUUUUUAAUAGUUUUUAAUAUACUUGAAAAUAUUUUCCUGUUUGCAUAAAAUAUGGGUACUUGUACAAGGAAAAUUUUGAUUUGGUCUCUGAAGGUAGUAGACAAAAGAAAUGAACAUGUUUCAAAAUGACAGCUCUUUUGGGGAAAAGCAUACCAUACAGGCCAAAUUACUGCUGUUGAUGGAAAUGAGUUGCAGCCAAAGAACCAGAAAAUUUCCAGUAGUCUUACUGCUUAAUAUCCAGCAUGGGAGGGGCUUUCAUUCUGAACAUAUAAAUUAACAAAAUUUAACUCAGUAAAUCUGAAGUUCUGUUUUACUUGCAACACUCAAAUUACUCUGUUCCACAGUUUCUUGUUUUGUUUAAAACUCUGAAGUCUUCAAAGCUACCUUAUGUUGUUGUGCAGAAUUUCAGGUGCACAUUUCUAGUUUAAGCAUCCAAUGCCAACCUCUGGCAGCAGCUGAAUAGCAGCUGUAUCAACACUGUGACCAGGCAUGUAGAGAGUGCUCCAGCCUUACCUUACACAUUUGUAACUUAAUACGGUGUUUUCAAUUUGUACAGAAUAGUUAAAUAUUCUAUUAAAGUUGUGAAACAUGGAAA